AUGCCAAAAAAAUUUAAAGGAGAAAAUUCAAAAGUUACCGCGUCAAAAGAGCGAAAGGCUGCUCAUCAGGCCGAAGUAUUAAACAAAAAACAUGCCGAAAUCGAGCGUAAAGAAAGAGAAGAAUGGUCAGUCGGAGCAAAAGAUACUUCUAAAAAAGAAGCUCAAAAACUAAAAAAGGAAGCUCAAUUAAAGAAGAAGAAUGAAGCAGCAGAGCUUUUGGAAAAGGAAGAAAAAGAACUUUCAAAAUUCAAACCCAAGUUAAAGAUAACGGGUGAAGAAAAAAAAGCCAUUAAGAGGACUCAGAAAAACGAAAAGAUUACCGAAGAACGACGCGAAAUUCCAGAAUUCGCUGCGUCUAAUAUUGAUGACGCUUUAGACUUACUAUCAAUAGCCACCAGCCCUACAAGUGGAGCUUCAACAACACUUAAUAAUGUAUCAAAUGUUGGAACACAAAUUGAAAAACAUCCAGAAAGACGAUUUAAAGCGGCUUUGGCUGUUUACGAAGAGCGAGAAAUGCCAAAGAUAAGACAAGAAAAUCCGGGGGGCAGUCAUUAUGGUAACCAAAGGCCAAGGAUCACAGUGGAUUAUGAUGAAAUGGAUCGUCCACAACCUGUUGGCCCUUCGUUUGGUGAUCGCAGAAAUUUUAAUAGCAUGAGACGUAUAGGAGCUUCUGAUGGAGGCCCGUCAUCAGAAAUGGAAUAUCCACAUGAGUACGAUGAACGCCAUAUAUACCGCAGAGACAAUAGAUAUCGUACCCAUGAUGAUUCGUCAAGAUCAGAUCCUCGAUAUCCGACAAAUUCUGCAGGCUAUGGUUACAAUGAUGAUCGUAUAUACUCCAGAGACCCGGAUCGUUAUUCAGGAAGGAAUAUUUACUCAAAUGAUCGUGAAAGGCCAUGGAGAAGAGAUCGCAGAUCAAGUAGGGAACGACAUUAUGAUCGUGAUAAUGACAGAGAUAGAUUACCAAGUCGUGAUUACCCUCAACAUCGUAAUAGCAACGUUCCACCAUAUUUCGACCGUGAUAACGAUUACGGUCCGUAUAGGAGAAGACCAUUUUAUCGAGAGGGGGACCCGGCUGAAGUUGAAAGACUUCGCUUCAACGCUCAAAUAACACCUAGCGUUCGAAGAGAUCACAACAGAUCAACCUCACCGAAUAGAUCAUCAAAUGCAAGUUCUCCACCAUCACAACCAAGGCGUCAAUCCACUUCACCAAAAAUGAAAUCAUCGUCUAGAAAUUCCACAGAGAUAUCACCUUGUCGUGGAGGGCAAGAUAGAAAUCAAGGCUCUAGCAUUCAUCAAUCUGACAAAAAUGAGGAGGUCGAAGAUUCCUAUUCUCUUAAAGAGCAGGAAAAAGGGACUUUUAGGUCACCAGUAUCUCUUAAUGACUCAAUAAUAGGUCUUCAAUAUGGUGAUGAGGUGAGAAAAAGAGGUGAUAACGAAAAUGGAAAUGAAAAGGGUGGUUGGUCAGGGUGGCAUAGCAUCGAUCAAGGAGAUUCUGAGAUAACUGAAGGGAAUGUACAACCAUCACAUCUAUCACAAGGUGAGACGGGUGAAGCUGCUGUUACAGAAUUUGAUGAUAAAAUCGGAACCAAAUCGGCUCUAGUUGAGGCAGAAAUAUCUUCAUUAAAAUCGGAAGAGAAAGAGUUGCCUUUGGAAAAAUCUGACGAACAAAAGUCAAUGGAAAAGUCCCUUAUUGAUUCUUGUACAACUGAAAAUAGCAAAAGGAUAAAUGAAGAAUCCGUAAACUCAAAUGAUGUUUCGUUAAACGAUAUUCCGAGUGACUCAACGACUAUUUAUACCAAUUCGAGGUCACAACGAACUGAGCCAAUUAACGAACUCGGAAGAGAAAUAGAACAGAUAGAAGAGGAUCUUGAUCAUUGGAAUAACAUAUAUAAUAAAAAGAAGGAAUCUAUUGCCAAAAAAAUGUUAAAAGAAAGGAUGGAGAGGGAAACGCGUAAAGAGGAAAAAGAAAAUCGCCGAAAGGAGAGAGAAAAACGUAAAGAAGAACGACUGAAAAGGGGCGCAGAUGAAAGAGCUCUACGUAUAAAUAAGGAAGGAAAUGAAAAUCGAAAACGUACUAGUGAUCAGACUCAAAAGAAAAACGAGUUAUCUGGAAGGAAAGUCGCAAAACGUGUAAAUACUGAUAAUAAGUUAUCAAAGGAAUCCGCUUUUUGUGAAAACGAUGUCAAUGAUAAUUACGUAGCUGAGUCAAGCGUUCCUUCCAAUCAGAGGGCGUGCAAUCCUAGUGAAGAGGAAAUAAAGAAAAUAUAUAAUGAUCUAUGGGCUGGCAUUGGGGUUUCUUAUAAUAGACCUAUAUUUAUGUUAAAUUAUAGCCUAAAAAGAGAUACGGAAAACAAAAAGAUUGAGAAGUUGCAAAAAGAAAGAGAAAAUUUGAAGAAAAAAUGGUUAGAGAACCAAAAGACAAGCAAUAGUGAAGAAAAGGUAAAAAAGGAUAGAUACAAUCGGAACCCGAAUUCACGGAAAAGUGGAAGGUUAUCAAAAAAUGAACAUGUCAAUAGUGAAAGAUUUUCAAAAAAUGACUAUGUUAAUAGUGAGGCAGCUGUCGAGGAAAUUGCUAAGCAAAUCGAAAAACUACACGAACAGCAAUGUCGGGCUGCGAGAAUACCGCCAAUGAUAAUAGGUGAAAAAAAUAGGAACUAUGCCAAAUUCAUAGAUAAUAACCACCUGGUCAACGAUCCAGUAGUUUUUUACGGUUUCAACAGGGACCUGGGAAAAGAAUGGACAGCUGAAGAACACUCGAUUUUCAUGAAGUAUUUCAAAUUCACACCAAAGAGGUUUGAUGAAAUAGCAAAGCACUUAGAAGAAAAGAAAAAGAGUGACUGCCAUAAUUACUAUUAUUAUUUAAAGAGCAAAAAACCUGAAAUUUACAAAGAGCUGAAAAAAGCAUCAUCUUCUAAUAAAGGCGGUGGAAAAUCAAAAGAAGAUUAUAGUGGGAAGAUUGGAAAGGUCAAUUCGUCAGUUAAUCGUAAUAUUUUGGCGGCAACAAGUCAAACUAAAAGUACGACAAGGAAAACCAGAUCAAAGUCAAUUGUAGCAGAAACCGGUCAAUUAAAAACAGACGAAAUUAAUACUUUUUUAUCAGGGCAUCAUCAACCUUUUGGGGAAAGCUCUCACGAGAAGGCUGCGACAUCAGCUGCACCAUCUGCUGAUGCUCGUCAAAACGAGGAGGAUAUCUUAGAGGCUCAAAAUGAGAAAGAUUUAUCAUGUGCAAACAGAGCUGUUAAAACUGAAGCUGAAGAAUUUGGGACUUCACCGCAACCGGAUUCCUCGCAAGUAUUCGUGGAACCGAGUUUAAUUGAAGUUAAAAUGUCGGAAUCUUCGUCUACACAGGCUUUUCAAGAGUCAAUCCCUAGCAUCACAAACGAUGUUGAUGAAGCUGCUCAUGCACUUACAUUAUUAUCGCGCCAGCACCUAAGUGACGAGCCUCACAGCAUCUUACAGAAACCUGCAAUAAAGGGAAAAAAUAAGGCGAAACAGCAUGAUCCUACAACGAGAAUUGAACGACCAUCACGAAGCUCGACGCAUUCGAUAGAUGACCCAAACAUUCCAAAGAAGAAAGGAACUUCGUCAUAUUGGAACAAGGUCGACGUGGAAAAAUUCAAUAGUGCUUUGACGCAAUAUGGUACAAAUUUUAAAAAAAUUUCUGAAAUUCUUGAAACAAAAUCAGAAAUUCAAGUAAAAAACUAUUAUGAGAAACAAAUAUCAUCAGGAGCAAUUCAAAAGGCAGUUGAAUCUCGGACUGAAAGUCAAAUGCAUGUAGAUGCGUCAUCCGUGAAAAUUUCUCAGCCUGUUGUCAAGCCUCAUGUUCAAUCUCCUGAUUUAAAUCUGGGAUCUCCAAACUUUAUUCAUAAAAAUCCUACCGAACUAUAUAAUGGUAACCUUUUAAACGACAAACCGGUACCAUUUGAUCCUCCGAAGCCGCCUACCCGAUCAAGUUCUUCAAUAUCACACUUAUUGAACCCACCAACAGAUGAAAGUGUCUCUAACUCUCAUGAUAAUUGGUUCAGUGAUUCCAAUAGUGGAGAUCAACCUGCAGAUAAUCCAAUGGUUAUUGACUUGGUGACGGACGAUGAACCGGAGACAACAUUAUCAGAAUCUAAAACAUCUGGAAUUAUUUCGCCCGUAGCCAAUCCUCACCAAUCAUCCAUUCAGUUUGGUCCCGCCAAUCAUGCUCCGAGAGUUAUACAACGGCAACAAAUACCUCAGCAGCAGAUGCAGCUUGAUAUUCAAAGACAGAUGGACCCGUAUUACGCGCCAAUGCAACAACCACCCAUUUCGAAUACACAAAAUCAUCAGCAACAACAAAAUAUGCCCAGGACGAACAUUCACACACAACUUCACCCGACACAGAAUUGGGUAGGGCCAAAUACGCAACAGGCUCAGAUAAAUAAUUUUUUGAUACCACCGGUGAAUAGACAAUCAGGUUCACUUCAACCCGUACCUCAACAAAGGUUAUGUUACCCGGCGAAUCCACAGCAACCAUCCCAUCAGGGUCAACAUGUUAUUCCACAACCACAAAAGACGCCACCCCCGAUGUUAUAUCCCACAAAUCCUCCAAUUUAUUCAGCGGUACAACACGAUUAUAGUCCACCACGAUUUGGCUUAAUUGUUUCUGCGGACUCAUCGACGAAUGUCACUAGCCAAAAAGCUGGUGGUUCUAAUCACCAACCAAGUUCUCACGGAGAUGCGAAUUCUGUAAAAGCAAUGCCUCAAAUUUCACAGUAUCCCCAACACAGAAAUUUAGCAAGCAUGGAAACAUCAAGAAGUUAUCCAGUGAUGCAAAACCCUUCUACAAGCUUUCAUAUGAGACCAUUUGAAAGUUAUAAUAAUGCGUCAGCCAUUGUUGCACCAACGACCUCUCCUGACAGCGUACAAGCUCGACAAUCUAGUUAUAGAGUUCGUCCAUCUGAUCAACAUCAAGUGGACCACAAGCAAAAUUCUGGACCUCCGGCCUGA